CUGGUACCUCUGUGAUGCUCGACGUAGCGCCAUUCACUGAUCACACACAGGGGCUGCAUUUAAGCCUGGGAGACUCGGGGGGAAGAGGCAGAUGCUGGUGCAGGUUUAAAGGCAGGAAAAUAAAAAACCCAAACUAACAUCAUGAGUAUGAACUACGCGUCUGCGGCGCCCACGCAGAGGUCGACGUCGUUUUUCAUUGAGGACAUCUUAUUGCACAAACCCAAGCCGCUGAGAGAGGUCAUCCCCUCGCCGUUCUGCAGCUCCCUGGCCUCGCGGAUGCCCAUCCUGGAGUAUGGAUACCCACUGAUGCCAACCCCAAUACUGGCGCCACACCCGCACCAUCCUCUCCACAAGCCAGAGCACCACCAGUACUUCUUCACCUCUGGGAUGCAGAUGCCGGCCUUGUUCCAGCACCACGCGGAGUUACCGGGGAAGCACUGCAGGCGCAGAAAGGCCCGGACGGUUUUCUCCGACUCGCAGCUGUCCGGCCUGGAGAAGAGGUUCGAGAUCCAGCGGUACCUGUCCACACCGGAGCGAGUGGAGCUGGCCACGGCGCUCAGCCUGUCCGAAACACAGGUAAAGACGUGGUUUCAGAACCGACGGAUGAAGCACAAGAAGCAGCUGAGGAAAGCGCAGGACGAGCGGAAGCCGGCCGAGCUGGAGCGAUCCGCGGACAACUCCAGCGAGAGCGAACUGAACGAGAAGGGCGCGGAAGAGCUGCAGCGCGGGCUGGAGCCGGACUCGUACAUGCUGGAGGAAAACGACGACGACGACGUGGAUAUCGAGGACGACAUUUGCUCCCCGGAUCAUCUACUAUAGUAGGCCGCAGAGUUGUUUCAUAAACAGCGACUUCCACACUGUAAAUGCACUGUAGAUAACACUGACUGUCUUUUCCUUCCACUACAAAUAUAUAAAAUACUGUUUUAAAAAUAGAGGGGGGUCAUGCAAACGUGCAAAGUGGGCCCCUUCAUUUUUUUUACAAUUGCCCCUUUUCCUCUAUGUAUAGGCUAUGAGAAUGUUCGUGUUGUUAUGCCUGACGAGACACAGAAUUUAUCAUGCUAUUAUUAUUAUUAUUAUUAUUAUUAUUAUUAUUAUUAUUAUCAGCCUAAUAUUAUCACUAAAAUGUCUGGACUUUUGUUGAUUUUGAAAUGUCCCACUUGUCUUUAUUUUCAGACGGACAGCUUAUUAUAAAUCAAUGAACAGCACUUUGCUUUACGCAGACGCGUCCCGCCAUCCUUUGCCCUUUUACUCCAAACCAAAUGUCCCGCGCUUCUCUUUUUAUCCUUCUCUCUUUUUUCCCCUCAAUGUGUCUGCUUUUUAGAUUUUAUUUACAGUUUGUCCAUAUUGUCGGAAGUUUUGUAAAUCAAGUUUUGGUCGGAGACACUGCGCUUCAGUGACUGGCAUUUAUAAUUGUGUCUGUAAAUAUAUACAUAACUGAUCGGU